AAAAACAACAGCCAGCAAGCCAGCCAGCCAGCACACACACACACAUAACGGCGCAUGCAGUCGCAGUAAGAGCCAGAGAGAGAGGGAGUGAGAGUAAAGCCCAAUAUUAGAAAAGAGCGAGUGCAAAAGCUUGGGAGAGGGAGAGAACAGUGGCAAAACGCUUGCUGCUGCUUGCUGUCCGAGGGGGUGAGCCAGAGAGCUACAGAACGAUAGCGUGAGAGAGAGAGAGAGAGCAGCAGACAAGAUAAAAACACAGUCAACGUCGGCAACGGAAUUCUCGACAUCGAAAUCGACGUCGACAUUCGGCAUCGGCAUCGGCACAGGCAUCGCAGUCGAAAACGGGAACGGGAACGGGAACAGACGAGGCGCGGGCGCACACACUUCUUCCUCCUCGCGUGUUGCUUCUCCAACCAUUCUCUCCUUGCACUUGCACUCUUUCCUUUCACUCCGUCGCGUGUGCGUGUGCAUUAACGGAAUAAACGCAUCAGAAGUACCGCUCCAGAAUGUUGGAUACCAAUGGCGGAAGUAAUACCGCGGUGUCGGGCAACUCUGCGGCACGCCUGCGCAAAUUCGAUAGGACGGACAGCGAGCUGGCCUGCGAGGAGGCGGCCCGCUUGACCGCCGAACAGAACGACAGUCCAGAGGACGAGAACGACGAGGAGAACGAGGAUGAGGACGAUGAGAGCGAGUAUGGGGAGCUGCCGCCACCGCCGGACGGUGGCUAUGGCUGGGUCAUCUGCUUUGCCAGCUUCAUGUGCAACAUGAUCGUCGACGGCAUUGCCUACACUUUCGGCAUCUUCCUGGAGGAAUUUGUGGCCUACUUUCACGAGGGCAAGGGCACCGUGGCCUGGGUGGGGAGUCUCCUCUCCGGGGUGUACCUUAGUGCCGGACCCAUCGUCUCGGCGCUGGCCAAUAAAUACGGCUGUCGAGCGGUGUGCAUCGCUGGGAGCAUCAUUGCCUGCAUCGCCUUUGUUUUGAGCACUUUCAGCAAUUCCGUGAGCAUGCUGAUGGCCACCUAUGGAUUCCUGGGAGGAUUCGGCUUUGGAAUGAUCUAUCUCCCGGCGGUGGUGGCCGUGGGCUACUACUUUGAAACGAAGCGUUCGCUGGCCACGGGCAUUGCGGUGUGUGGCUCUGGGUUCGGCACCUUUGCCUUUGCCCCACUCGCCACGUACCUGCUGGAGGAGUAUGGCUGGAAGAAUGCCAUCCUCAUCUUUGCCGGCCUUAUCCUCAAUUGCGCCAUCUUUGGCGCCAUGAUGCGACCCCUCACGUACCCCAAGAAGAAGAAGGUGAAGCCCCUGAUGCAGCGCAUGUACGAGGAGAAGCAGCUGCAGCUGGAGCGUGGUUCGUUCGCGGGUUCGCAUUUUAUGGUCCAGCUGCCGGAUGGCACCAUGGAGCGGAAACUCAAGAUGCCCCUCAACGCAGACCCUGGCGUCCAUUCGAGCCUCAACCUGGAGCUGAUGGCCCAACAGGCGGGCGGCCUGCAUCCCGUUUCGACGCUACCAACCAUCACCGAGUCCAAGGUGGUUGAUGUGCACCACAAUGGAAGCGGCGCCCAGUCCCCGCCCAAUGCCGACAGCAAUGGACAGCUCUCUGCCGGUGGCCGCGGGGGUCGUCGGCCGCAUCGCAGCUCCGAGUCGGAUCACAGUCCGUACCACUCACAGGAUGGCGGAGCCAUGACCAGAAACGCCUCGCAGCCCGCCUUUCUGGCCAGCGACCAUCAGGGUCUGCCCAAGAACGGUUCAGUGCCUUCAUUCAAUCGCGUGCGCAAGACCUCGGCAUCGGAGCGCUUUCAACCCUCGCUGGCGGCCAUCAGAGCCUCGUCCCGCCACGAUCUGGAGGCGGGAAAUGGCGGAGAUUUCACCACCUCAAAGAUGUCGCUCUCCCAGCGGCAGGGCAGCAGUGGGAGCGGCAAAAUGGUGCGACCCAUGUCCCGCAAGGACAUCUUCUACUCGGGCUCUGUCACGAACCUGCCGCAGUAUCAGUCGCAGAAGUCCCUGGCUGGCUAUCGAAACUCUGUUCUGUCCCUCACCAAGUACGAGAAGAGCAUGCAGAGUGUCCACAAGCUGGACCCCCUGCAGGACGCCGAGAAGCAUCGCGAGGAGUACGACCUGUGCCCGUGUCUGGGCAUCCCCGAUUCGGUCAAAUCCGUGGUGAACACCAUGCUGGACGUGAGCCUGCUCAAGGAUCCCGUAUUCAUGCUGAUUGGAGUGUCGAAUAUCUUUGGCAUGGCCGGACUGUACGUGCCCUUUGUGUAUCUGGUGGAUGCGGCAAAGGAGCACGACAUACCCAAGAGCGAUGCCGCCAUGCUGCUGUCCAUCAUUGGCAUCACCAAUACAGUGGGUCGCGUGUUCUGCGGCUGGGUGGCGGAUCUGCCGCAAGUCAACUCAUUGCUGCUGAACAACUGCUGCCUCCUGGUGUCGACCAUCGCCGUGACCCUCACCCCCCUGUGCUACAGCUACUCGGCGUACAUCACGAUGUCGAUAUUCUUUGGCCUCGCCAUCUCCGGCUACAUCUCGCUAACGUCAAUUAUCCUGGUCGAUCUGCUCGGCCUGGACAAGCUCACCAAUGCCUUCGGCCUGCUCAUCCUGUUCAGAGGAUUCGCUGCUCUGAUCGGCACCCCUCUGGCCGGCGCCAUCUACGACAUAACGCACACGUACGAUCUGCCCUUCUACAUGGCUGGCGCUCUGUUUGCCAUCUCGACGGUCACCAGCUUUUUGGCCCCCUGCCUGAAGCGAUGCAGCCCCUCGGAUGAGACGCCCGUCCAUGUCGAGACCCUCACGCCCAUCGAUGAGGAGCAGGAUGAGGAGGCGGAGGAUGACGAGGAUCAACCCAUCACCAUGGUGCCCAAGAUCAUCAAAACUCUGGCCAGUCCGCAGCAGGAGGAGCCGCCACAGCCGAUGUUCCCGCAACAACAGAAGAAGGCCCCAGCAGCAACGACAUCGGAAUCAAAGCUCUAAGUAUUCGAGAAGGAGAUGAGUUUUGGAGGGGGGCGUGGCACGGAAAAGAGAUGAAUUUACAUACGAAAGAGGGCAAACGCCAGGGGGAACCGAACCUAUUGAAAGAUCCAGCCAGAUAUUUUUCUAAAGCUUAUAUACAGAAAGCGGGUCGAUAGAUAUGGGAAAGAGUAUUGUAGAGAGAGGGGAAGAAAGAGAGAGAGAGAGAUCACACACACACAAAAGUAAAACCUAUAUACAAGGAUCAUAAAUAUAUAUACAUAUAUAUAUAUGCAUGUACUAUUAAAGCCCCAGCAGCAGCGGCAGCAACUAUUACCAACAGCAGCAGAAUAGAGGAUUGCCUUAUGCUGGAAUUUCUACAAGGAACUUGGCUUUAGCUUUCAGAUAAGAUUCCGGGGCGAAGGGGAAAUACCUUCGGCUUUUAUGGCUACUAAUUAAAAUUAAUAAUAUACGCUCAUAAAUCAUUACAACAGGAAAAACAAACAAAAAGAACAACAGAGAAGAGAAGAAGAGAACCAGAAGUCGAAAGAAGAAGCAACCCUGGGGUAAACUGAUAUACUAAUGAUAUCCAUUAUAUAGUUUUGCAACUGUUAUACAGCAACAAAAACACACAAAAUAUUUGUAUGAAAUAAUUUUUUUUUUUUUUGUUAUUAAAGAAAAACCUUACGAUUACUAUUAUUACUAUUAAAGAUUUAUGAAUUUUGUGUACUAAUAAUUAUAGGAAUUAUAGUUGUUGUUGUUAAAAAAACGGCAAGCUGUUAUAAAACAAAAAAAUGUGUCAUUGCAAAGUAGCGAGAGCAAACGAUGUGUAACUGUAACGAGUAACGAGUAACGAGUAACUGUAGCAAAGAGUAGUGCUAGAAGUAGUUGAUGUAUGUAUGUUUCUGUAGCAGAUCUAGAUCUGUAGGAGGCCCGAAUAAAACUUAAGGCGAAGUAGAGGCGACGGCGGCAACAACUAUUAAAAACUAA